AUGAUUCAGAAGUCAAGGGAUGAUGAGUCUACACCUCUUCUUUUGGAUGCGAAAACCCCAGAAGUCACGAGUUACAAUAAAUCUUUCAUUCACAGCGAUGAGGAAUCCACAAUAUACACGAUACCCCUUGUUGAUCCAUCGCCGGAAAGCUCGCGUAAUAUAGCAGGCGUCAUUUCGAUCCUUCUUUUAGGUGUCUUUAUAGCAAAUGCAGACGGAUCACUGGUUCUCGCUACGAGUGGAACUAUCAGUAGCGAGUUCAAUGAUUUGGGAAAUGCAGGGUGGCUGAUCUCGUCCUAUAUGCUGGCUAUGUGCGCUACUCAGUCUCUAUAUGGGAAAUUAAGCGAUAUUUAUGGGAGGAAGAGUACGAUAUUAGCUUCUUAUGUAUUUUUUGCUUUGGGCUGUGCCAUCUGUGGGCUGGGAUGGAAUCUCCCGGUAGUGGUAGUUGGUCGACUAGUCGCAGGCGUUGGUGGUGCUGGUAUUAAUUGCCUAGUAUCAAUUGUCACUGCAGAUAUGGUUCCAAUUAGAGAAAUCGCUAAAUGGAGAAGCUAUGUCAAUAUUGCGGCUACGACUGGAAGAUCAUUGGGAGGGCCAAUUGGAGGGUUCUUGACUGAUACUAUUGGGUGGCGAUGGUCCUUCUUAGCACAGUGUCCACCUACUAUCUUAGCCUUGAUGCUAGUACUUUGGAAGCUGGAUAUCACUCCGCAACAAACCUGCGGCAAACAAUUCCACUUCUCGAAACUACGGCGCAUCGAUUUUCUAGGCUCAAUCUUCCUUUCGGUCUCAAUCGUUUGCGGGCUCAUGGUCCUCGAUCUCGGUGGUCAUCGAAUGCCUUGGACUGAUCUGAAAUUGCUAUCGCUAUUUGGCAUCUCAGUUGCAGCUGGAAUUUUAUUCUUUCUAAUAGAAGGCUUUUGGGCUAAAGAGCCUAUUUUCCCCUUGAGAUUGUUGCGUAAUAGAGAUGUGCUUACAAGUUAUAUUAAUUUGGGCUUUCAAUCGGGCGCUCAGAUGGCGAUGAUGAUGCUUGUUCCGAUUUAUUUUCAAAUAACCGAUCAUGCGACUUUUACAACGGCUGGUGCACAUCUCAUACCUUCUGUAAUUGGAAAUGCAGUAGGAGGUCUUCUCGCUGGAUAUAUUAUUCACAAAACCGGACACUACAAACCCAUUCUUCUCCUCGGUGCCCUCUCCUCUCUAACAUCCUACACCCUCCUCCUCCUCCGCUGGCACGGCCACACCUCUUUCCUUGAAUCCCUCUACAUCAUCCCCGGCGGCUUCGGUAACGGAAUCGCACUUUCAGCAUCAUUUAUCGGACUCACAGCAGGAGUAGAACAAGAAGAGCUGGCUAUUGCCACGAGUGGACUUUUUCUAAGCGCAAAUGUAGGAUGUGUAGUGGGCGUUAGUGGCGCGGGGAGUGUGAUGGAAGCGGGGCUUGAGAAAGGUCUUAGGGUUGCGCUUGAGGGGUGGGAGGGGAGUCAAACGAUCAUCGAACGAGCACUCUCGGAUAUCGAAUACGUGCGGAAUCUCGAUGGAAAAUUGGGAGAAUUGGUGAAGAUUGUUUAUGUGAAUUGUUUAUCUUACACUCAUGCUUUAUCUGUUUUUGCGGCGGUGGUAGCGUUGAUUGCGGCGUGCUGUGUUAGACAGCAUCGUUUGUGA